AUGGUUCAGCUUUUCGUCGUUCACCCUGAUCUUCAAGUCUCUAACUGCGAUGACUGCCCGUCCAAGGAAUCUCUGGGAAAGAAGAAGGACGCUUAUGUCAACAGUUACAAACUCUAUAACAAACUAAUUAGACAGCUCUCUUCCAAUCCAGAAGUCACGGAACUACCAAAUUGGUGUUUGACUAAAAAUGCUGAACACAACGUACGGAAGAUACUUGAGCACGCUCGCGACGAGGAUGUCUCCGUUGAUCCGGAGACGAUAAAUGAGCUCGAUGCUAUUGACAAUAUGGACGAUCUCAAAUUAUCGUCCUUCAAAGUGAGCGAUGCCGAUUUUUCGAAACAAUCAUCCUUGAAGGAAAAAACUUUGUCGUUGACACAACGUUUGGACCUUCCAGAUAAUCUAGACAAGGACCUGACGGAUCAAAAGACGAAUAGCUUCCUGGCUUUCAAGUACCUUCAGAUCGUGAUGGACCUUUCUCUAAUCGAGUACAAAUAUUUGCAAGUUUACUCUAAGAUCAAUACCGCGAUCAAAAAGUACUUCUCAUCUCCAGAAUUGACGCUUGAUAUGGAAGAAGAGGGAUGCAGAAUAGUGAGCACUCAGAUGGACUUUUUCAAAAAACUAGAGGUGCUCCUGAAAAAACUCAGCUCUGUAAAAGCAGAGUUUGAGAAAAAGAUCCUUCUUCCAAGAAAGGACGUUAUGCAAUUGGUUCAAGGCUACAGUUCCUCUCAGAAGCAAGAGGUUGUGGGGUAG